UCUGUAAAAGUGAAUGUUAUAAAAUGUCCUGUUGUGUACCUGGAUGUAACGUGCGAUUCACGGAUGGGGUGCCUUUGCAUCGUUUCCCAAAUCCAAAGAAGGAAAUUGAGCGUUUCCGUGUCUGGAUAUUAAGAGUUGGAGGAGACAUAAUUGGACUAACCAAUGAAGUGAUAGUCAAAAACCGAAGAGUUUGUCACCGACAUUUUGAAGAAAGGUUUUUCUAUCCCAAGAACCGAUUGAGCAAAUUGGCUAUACCGACACUUGAUCUCCCAAUGCUACCUCGAUCAGGAGGUUCAACUAACUCCACAAGACCAGUGCCUGAGCCAAUGGAGAUAGAAGGAACGGUUAGUUCUACAACGUCGCUUGCUCCUUCAAUACAAUCACAAACUCAGUGUGGUACUUCCUGCUCUACGAGUGCAGUGCCAUCCUGCUCUACUAGUGCAGUAGAUGUUUCCUGA